AUGGUGAUGCCGGCGGUGCUCUCGGUGGCACCAAAUGAUGUGGCUUUGUUCUGCUGCCACGCCGUGGCUCAAUUUUACUGUCGUCUGCUGGGCGUCUAUCGCGCUUGCCGCGCCGCUGACUCAGUUCUAGACCUCUGCAUUCGCCUCCUCAAGGCGCUCGUGCGCGAACCGGAAAAGAAAGUGACUGACUUUGAUGAAGACACGUUGGUCCUCACGCUGUCUUCAGCUGGUUUUGGCGGCGUGUACUACGCGGGCUUCUUGUAUGCCAUGUACGACCUGCUGCAUGAGCCCUGCGUGCGCGGCCAAGUCAAGCUGAGCCGACAGCAGUUUAAGGACAUUUGCGACCGCGUCUUUGAGCAGGCGCGAGGCAGUGGCACCGUGUGUGGCCUGCUGGACGACGUGAUUGAGCCAGCCCUGUUCAUGCAGCGCGAUCUGUUGAUGGAGAACCAGGCGUAUGACGCCUUGUUACGCAGUCUGCGCAUCUGCUAUUUUGAUAUCACCUCUGGCUGUUUGCGAUCCGAACCACCGCUUGCGGCUAAUCCUUUAGAACCCGAGCCCGUGUUUCGCGCCCUGGUUGACAUGAUUGUUACGUCAGCCAAUACUCCGGCCUUCACCUCGUUCAAAUGGCCACGUCUUUUGGAGGACGUGCGCGUCUUUGGCUUGGAUGGGGCUUUGUGCCAGGUGUACCCCACCUUUUCCAAUCUGCCACGGCAGCGCUGUGCGCUCCUGUCGCCUUUUCGCCGCUCUUGGCUGGCUGAAGGUGUGCGAGAAACCCUGUAUGGUUUGCCCAUUCGCGGCAACGCACCGUACAAUCGAAUGACCCGCGCCACUGAAGAGCAGCUGAUCCAAAUGCGCCAUGACGGGGAGUUGGCAGCCCACCAUAUUCGCCAGGAUUUUGUCCAGUGGCUGAGCCAGAUUCCGACCCCAGGACCAGUCCAGUCUUGA